UCUCUGUGGAUAUUUUACACUAAACAAUCCAAGCAUAGAAAGGAAACAUGUUUGACUACAACCUCUGAUACCCUAGAGAUUGUACCUACUAAAUGUUGUUUUAAUCAAAAAAGGUUUGGUAAUUUGUACAAAACUGAAUCUGAGGUGCACCAAGAGCAAAUCAAGAUCAAUGAAGUAAAAACCAAACCUGUUAUCAAGGCAAAAAAAAAUGAAACUGUUUCCAAAAAAGUGGUUAUCUCCUCUAAAGAAAGAAAUCAAGCAAGUAAAUCAAACCGACUAGAAAAUUCAUCAGAUAAAAUCGAGAUUCAUGUGAAAACCUUUACACCUCAAGAUGUUGGAUUGGCACAGCAAACUAAUAGUGUAAGUCAAGGUUGUAAAAAACCAUCAACAAAUCGAGACCAUGAGACCAAAAAUCUUACUUUCAGAAGUAUGGGGGAGCCAAUAAUACACAGGUUUGAGGCUCAAGAAAAAAUAAUCAAACAACAAAGGGAAGUGAUAGAGAAACAGAACCGGAUUAUUUUUGAUUUGCAAGCAAAGUGCUUAGAAAUCGAAUCCAAACUGAAUUGGACCUUAGCAGAGAGACAACUAGCAGAGGCUGAAAAUUGCAACAAAAUAGUUUCUAAGCAUUUGGCUAUAACUGACCGAAAACAAGAAUGUAACUCUGACAGCAAAUAUUCAAAAUCCAAGGUUGAAGAGAUGCUGAACACCAAUAGCAAAACACAGAAUAAAAGUGAUAAAAUUGUAAAAAAUAUGCUAGAAAGACAAGCCUAUUGUUCUCAGUUGGCUGAACAAACAAAACAAAGAAAAAAGCGAAUAGAAGAAGAAAAGGAGAGAUUAAAAUUAGAGCUAGAAGAGAAGCAAAACAAAGAUAAGGAAGAGGAACGAAAGAAUAGAAUCAUGCAAAAAAAAUUGGAACAGGAAAUAGCCAGAGAGAAAGAAAGAAAUGCUGUUGCUCUUAAGAAAAAGGAAGAGGAACUUUUGGACAAAGCUCUUAAUCAUUAUACCUAUAAACUGAAGCACAACACUUUUAUCAUAAUGAAAUCAAAACAUUUAGAACUUUUGGCAAAAUAUGAAUACAGUGACAGGUUUUAUAAACUUAAAGUAGUACAGAAAAUGAUCCAUAUUUGGAAAGACAAAACUAAACAUAGUAUUCAGAGGAAGAAUGAGUUUGCAGAGCAUUACUACAAUGAUAAAAUACUGAAGUUGGCUUGGAACGUACUUAGAAAGCUUCAUUUGGACUACAAGCGUAGACUACAAGUCAGCGAGGAUUUGUAUAACUUGAAACUUCAAGAACGAAUGUUCCACAGAUGGCAAACAUUUGCAGCUCAACAAUUUUUACAGGCUUGUUGUAAAAUUGAACUUGCUGAGCGACUACACCAGCGACAUUUGCUGAGACACUAUUUUCGCUACUGGAGAGAACUUCCUAGACUCAUGUUCAAAGAGAGAGAGAAAGAACAACGCCGUCGUCGUUGGCGUGAGACUGUUCAACAGCUGAUUCCUGACUUUACUCCUGCCUAUGUAGAUUAAGCUAACAGGUUAAAACCUCAGAACAAACAAGGGGCUAAGGUGGUUAUAUGAAUCGUUGAUUUGAUUGAAUGUAACAUGUUUAACAAAUUGGAAAUACUUUAGGGUUGAAAAAAAACUUACAGUUUUCAACAACAAUUUAUUAACAUCA